AUGAAGAAUUUCGACACAAUAAUCACCUGUGACCUUUUCGGUUGGGCACCAGAAAAGCGUACACUCAGCCUCUUCAUGCCAAAACGUCGCAGUGAGUUUCGUUUCCUUGAACGAUGCGGAGAGCAUCAGAUUCCCAAAGGAAAUGUUGAACUGAUCAUCUAUGGUAAUCCUGUUGGGAGCAAGAGCCUUCGAUGUACAUCAACGUAA